AUGCAGCAGCCUCAACCACAAUCUUCUUCCUCCUCCUCAUCAUCGUCUUCUCACAAUCAACACACAAACAAUAACCACGCGGCUCAUCAUCAUCAGGAAAUUAAAACAGCGUUUGUGAAAUCGGUGCUGCAACAGGAUGACCAGGUGAAAUUUCUGGUUAACGUCUAUAAGAGGCAUGGACCAGGAGGUUUGAUGCCAUCCUCUUCAACAACAACAACAAAUUCCUCAAGCACGACAACGGGAAAUAACAGCAAAAACACAACAACAACCUCCUCAAGUUCUAAUAGUACUUCCUCCUCGUUGUCAUCAGGAAAACAAGCCUCAUCCUCGGAAAAGAGUGUGCCGGCAUCAAAAAGUACAACAGUUUUUACCAAGAAAGAAAGUGAGCCAGUUUUAAUGGCCUUGAUCGCCCACAAGGACGUUCCAACAAAUGUUGCCAUCAUGUUUUUGGACUAUUCCAUGGAUAACAAAACGUUCCGAAUAAGAGAUUUCCAACUGAUCAAAAAGCACGAUUUUGGAAUUAAAAUUGUAGAUGAGAUUCACUUUGAUUUGUACUUUAAAAGCCAAGCUACAGUGUACAAUCUUCAGAGUGAAUCUGCAAGUACUCAAUGGGUGGUCGUUUCUUCUCUCAUAAAAGUCUGUAAACUCGUAAAUGAUCAACCUGGCCAUCCUUCAUUCACAACAACAAGUUCUACAACAUCUGCAACGACAUACGUUUCGGAUUCAAUUUCAUCUCAACCCCUACUAGAUUUACCUCCACCAAAAACAGAGACAAAAGCGAAUAAUCGUAUUUCCCUGCUAAAGUCCACAGCAGAAUUGUCAUUAUCGGAAUUUCUUGUGGAUAUGGAUGCUCUUCAUGACGGAACAGCAUCAGACAAUGAAGAAAGACAAUGGCAUCACUACUACACGCAACGUAUGCAACGAGACAAAGAACAAAAGAAUAAGUCAGAAGACAACCAGGACAUUUCAAUUGACAUGUUCAAAAAAGCUAAUAGGCAAGUAUUGCCUUCAUCAUCAAACGGCUCUAGUACUCCCACUGACAUUGCCCAAAAAGCAACCAUUAACACUUCUCCGAAUCCAUUACAACACGAGGCUUCUCGAAAAGACAACUGGAUUCAAAGACAACUCAAAGCAAAAGAAGAAGAAUUUACGGAAAUUACACCUCUUUCGGUUGUGGUCUGCACCUGGAAUGUGAACAACAAAUUUCCUUCACCGGACACAAGUUUAGCAAAAUGGCUAUUAUUGGAUGAAUUUGAAGCUGAUAUUUACUCCAUAGGUAUGCAAGAAAUUGACAUGACAGCAGGAGCUCUUCUUAAGGAGGAAACCGAAACUGGACAGGAAUGGCAAAACCUCUUCAUAAAAACAUUUGCAGAGGAAACCAAACAACACCGAUACAAAUUGAUUACUGCUCGCCAACUUGUUGGUAUAUAUCAUUGCGUUUUGGUUAAGGAAUCUUUGGCCAAUGAAGUGACAGAAAUAAGAAACUGUGCAGAAGGUGUUGGCAUUAUGGGUAUGAUGGGUAAUAAGGGUGGUGUUGGAAUUCGAUUUAAAAUUUUCGACUCUACAUUUUGUUUCAUUACAGCCCACUUGGCUCCUCAUAUGGGUGCUGUCGAGAGAAGAAAUCAAAAUUUCCACGAUAUUUGCAAAAAAGCAGAUUUUGGAAAUCCAUUCCUAUACAGACCUGACCAACAUGAAUUUUUCUUUUGGUUUGGAGAUUUGAAUUAUAGAAUCAAUCAACCAAACCUUAUCGUGAGAGAAAAGAUUAAGAAACAAGACUACAAAUUCCUUAUGAAAUAUGAUCAACUAAUGAUCGAAAAGAAUGCACAAAACGCCUUUGUUGGCUUCUGUGAAGGAGAAAUUACCUUUGAUCCAACCUACAAGUUUGAUAGUGGCACAGACACCUAUGAUACCAGUGAAAAGGGCAGAGUGCCAUCAUAUACAGAUCGUAUUUUAUGGAGAGAGGAUGAAAGGGGAAGAAUUGUUCAAAAAUCGUACAAAUCAUUCAAGGAAUAUAAAAUGUCAGAUCACAAGCCAGUGACCUCGUGGUUUGAGGUCGGAGUGAAGAAGAUUGUAGAAGAAAAGUACAAGAAGUGUUACUUGGAUAUCAUCAAAAUGCUGGAUAAGCUUGAGAAUGACAUGUUGCCGGAAGUUGCAAUUACUGGCCAAUCCAUCAAUUAUGAGAAUGUGAAAUACGAUGAGCCCAUUACACAAACUGUCUGUUUGCAUAACACUGGCCAAGUGGUUUGCGAAUAUCAAUUUGUACCAAAACCUCAAGAGUCACAGCCAUGUAAACCCUAUGUGACCAUUCAACCACUUGAAGGAUAUGUAAUUCCUGGAGAGACUGAGGAAAUUAAGGUUACCAUUCAAGUUAAUUCUCAAAGAGCGCCAAAGUUAUUGAGCGGUGAUGACACCAUUGACGAUAUUUUAAUUCUCCACUUGAAAAAUGGUAGAGAUCAUUUCAUUUCUAUCACUGGUAAUUAUGUCAAGUCAUGUUUUGGAUCAACACUUGACCAACUUGUCAAACAAAAGUAUCCAAUUCAAAGAAAAGAUGACGGACUGGAAUUAUCAAGCUUUGAGAAAGAUCUCAAAGUUCCUAAAGAGCUAUGGAGACUCAUCGAUUUACUUUAUCAAAAAGGAUUGAAAGAGGAGGGGUUAUUUAAAUAUUCUGGAACUGCUAAAGAGGUUCAUUACAUUAGAGAUUGCUUAGACGAAGGAUUACCAAUCACAAACCCAGUGUCUUGUCACUCUAUUGCUGAAGCUUUGAUAACAUUUUUAGAGUCUCUCAGAGAACCUGUAGUUCCAUUCAAAUUUUAUCAAAUGAGUCUCAAUGCAAGUGCAAAUCCAGCAACCUGCUACCAUUUGAUUUCCAUGUUGAAUGAUGCUCAUUGCAACACAUUCCACUAUUUGAUGUCUUUCUUGAGAGAAUGCCUCAAACACAAAAAAUCUAAUGGUCUCACUCAAGACGAGGUUGCCAUUAUUUUCUCUCGAGUUUUAAUUCGACCACCACACCAAGAUAAACCUCACACUCAUCAUGAUGAAUCAUCCAAAUAUUUUGAGGAGCAACGAGCAAGAGCUCAGUUCAUUAGCCACUUUUUGAGAGAGGGUAAAUUAUGGUCGAGAGAUGAUGUAUUGAGAGGUGACGAGCUGGAAGAUGAGGAUGACAUGUUUGACCAUCAUGAACAAGAAGAAGAUGAAGAUCACAACUCUUCACUUUUAGCCAAUGAUCAAUUGACUAUCUCGCGCCCUCUACCUCCAUCUCCCUCAAAACCUUCACCUGUAUCUUCCUCCACCUCUUCUUCGUCACAACCAUCCUCAACAGCCACUACCACAACCUCCACCACCUUAUCCGCCGAUGAAUUCUUGUAA